AUUAAUACAUUUACAGAGAAUGCCAAUUGGCCAGCUUUUGUUUUCACCAGUUAUCAUUCAGGGUCUUGCACAAAAUGGAUAUCCAAAUUCAAUUAUUUUUAUAGAAUUUUAUGUCUCUCCGUCUGAAAAGCAAAGGACUGAAUCUGCAAGUGGCCCCGAACCAAGCUAUCAUAACACAUUUGAAUGUUAUAUUCGUGAUAAAGAAGAUUUCCUUUCACUAGAAUUAAUAAAUGAAGAUCCUACUAGACCUGGUCAUAUAGGCUCUACCCGAGUUUCAUUAAAGAAAGUAUUUGAUGCCGGCUUUUUUGAAGAUUGGGUUCCUCUCUCAACUACUACUGGGGGUCCUUUAGGACAUCUUUAUAUAAAAUUAGCUUUUACAGUAAGUAUAACAAUAACAAGAUAAUCUGUUUCCAGACUCCUGAUAUAUAUUGGUCUUUCAAAGCCUAAAGAAGAAACAAACACAAA